UCUGUCGACUCACCGCCAUCUUGAAAAGCUACAAUUUUCUUUCAAGAGUACUUUUCGCCGUUGUCUGGCAUUCCUGAAGCAAAAUGCCUGGAACAGAGGAACCGAUUACUAAAGUGGUGGUCCACCCAAUUGUAUUGCUUAGCGUUGUCGAUCACUUUUAUAGAAUGGGUAAAGUUGGAAAUCAAAAGAGGGUUGUUGGAGUAUUGUUGGGUUCAAGACGAAAAGGUGUACUCGAUGUAGCUAAUAGUUUUGCUGUUCCUUUUGACGAGGACGAAAAAGAUCCUAAUGUGUGGUUCUUGGAUCAUGACUACCUUGAGAACAUGUAUGGGAUGUUUAAGAAAGUCAAUGCACGUGAAAGGAUUGUUGGCUGGUAUCACACAGGACCUAAGUUACACCACAAUGAUGUCAAAGUGAAUGAGUUGAUCAGAAGAUACUGCUCCAACUCAGUCCUCGUGAUUAUUGAUGCAAAGCCUAAAGAUCUUGGUUUACCUACAGAUGCAUAUGUUGCUGUCGAAGAAGUACAUGAUGAUGGAACACCCACUACAAAAACAUUUGAGCACAUUGCGAGUGAAAUAGGAGCAGAAGAAGCAGAAGAGGUCGGAGUUGAGCAUUUACUAAGGGAUAUCAAGAAUCUUACUGCAGGAACACUGUCCCAACGUAUCACCAACCAGCUAUUGUCUCUGAAAGGUCUCAACUCGCGUCUCCAAGACAUCAGAGAUUAUUUGGAUAAAGUCGCAACUGGCAAACUACCUGUCAAUCACACGAUCAUAUAUCAGUUACAAGAUGUGUUCAAUUUACUACCAAAUCUGAGUCUGGAAGAGUUUAUCAAAUCACUCUCGGUAAAAACCAAUGAUCAGAUGUUGGUGGUGUAUGUAGCAUCCCUUGUUCGUGCCGUAAUUGCUCUCCAUAACCUUAUCAAUAAUAAAGUUGCCAACAGGGAUGCAGAGAGAGAUGAAGCCAGCAAGAAAGAAGAGAAAAGUAAAGAGAUUAAGGAUAAGGACACUAAAGAUAAGAAUGCACAAGACAAAGAAAAAGAGGAGAAAACCAAAGCAGAGGAGAGCAAAAAGUCUUAAUUGUACAUACACUGAAUAACAUUGUAAAAAAAAACCCCAACAACAACUUUGUCUUGGUAGAAUUUAUCACUUAAUGGAGAAAUAUGCUGUGGAAACCAUAAUUUUUAUCUCUGCCAUUAAUAAGUAUGAUUUAAAAAUUAACUACCAAUCUUAUUUUGAAAUUCCAUUUUAGAGUAACUUAAUCUUAGAAAGUUAUCUUCAAAUGUGCAAAACUUUUGACAGUAGUGUUAUACCUUCAAUUACUACUGUACUACCAUUUUGAAAACAACUUGGUAACUCUGUCAUGAACAGCUGCUCUGCUUAUUCCAAAGAAAAAUCUUUAGUUUAGUCAAGAAUGGUUUUGUGUGUGCAUAUCACUGAAUUGUUAACCCAUGACUGUCCCUAACAUCAGUAUGCAAAUGCUCUAUAUUGUUCAGAAUACAUCUCUUUGCAUGUGUGCAGACAAGGAGAAUUUGUUUAUCAGUCAAGAGCUUCUUUGGUUGGUGAUGAUUUCCUUUAGUCUGGUGACUUUUGUGGUUUGAUUCAGGCUUGAGUUUUCAUGGAGAAAUUAGAUGUAAGUCACUCUGAGGGGUAAAAAGAUUAAGAUAGAUUUGCAAGAGAUGGGAGAGAAAGAAAAGUGAGAAUUUGGAAUUUUUUAAGCAGCCAGUUUGCUAAGCUGGAUUCAAAAUGGCAGUUUUUGUGGUCAAAUUUGAGCAUUGUAGAAAUCAACUUUAAAAGUUAAGUUUACUCUUCAGAAUCUCUUAAUGUGAUCAGUGUCAUAAGUUCAUAUACACUUUUUGAUAGUGGAAAUAAAUUUACAUGGUGUUUGGAGCAUACUUUUCCUCUAUGACAUUCCCAGUGUUUGUUGAUUGAUUGUGUUAAUACUGGAUCAAUAACAUCCAUGCAACAGAUUUGAUCGCUCAGGUUUGUAGUUUAGCCAUUUUCUUGGUAAUAAAAAUGUUCAAACUCUU